AUGACCAUGCCAGGCUUCGGCCGCUCCGGCCUAAAACGGCCGUAUCCUGCGUUGGAGGUAGAGAACACGAAGAAAGUCCAGACCGACCUGCUUUCAUGGAUCAAACCGCAGGAAACAGCACCCAGAAUCCUGAAAAGCAUCACUGUUCCGGCCAAUUGCGUCAAGGCAGUCGAGAAGGCGACAGCUACCGCGUUUGCCUUGGGAUUCGACUAUUUGCGCUUUCCAAAAGUUCGUCGGCCACCUCCAAAACAAUGCCAUUUGGACUGCUGUUGUAAGUUUCGGUUUUUUUUUCUUCUGAAAUUUAGGAUUUUUGAAACUUUUUGUAAAAUUUGGAGAUUGAUCUCAUGGUGAAGGUAACAUUGGUGAAUUGUUUGGAUUUUCUUUGAUAAAACAGGUAUCCAAUGUAUUUUCGAGUCGUACUAUGACCUCAUCUGCCCUUUUAAACAAAAGAACGGCUUUUGUUGCAUCAAAAUUGCGCGGACUCAGCUGAUUUUUCCUUACGGGACCUCCUAGCAAGUAUUGUCGUAAUUUAGGUCUGAAACGCCGCUAAGGGAGGUUUUUUUUGUAGAUUGCUUGAGUAACUGAUUAUAUUGCUCCCAUUUUUGUACAUGAGGUUAUAUUCUAGCUUUGGAUGUUGUAGAUGAGAUUAUAUUUUAGCUGCAGUAACUGAUGGAAAGAAGUCAGAAGAACAGUUCUGCAAUGAUAAAGAGAGUGAGAGGUUUCUACUCGCAAUUUUGAAGAGAUUCGCGCUUGCAUAUUUGCCCACAGUCGUCGAUUCAACGCCAGAAAUUCCCGAGUUUGAUUCAGACGAGGAAGCAGAAGCUCCGGAUUGGAUCAAAGGUUUUAAUGGUAUGUUAACUUGGUCUUCGAAAAUGUAAUUAGUGUGGAAUGAAUGUGAUAUUGUUCAUUUAUAGAAGCAAUGAGGUAUGGUGGGAUGGUGGACUUCCCAGACUGGCUGUUCACGCGCGUGAAACGAUUGGAUGUCUCAGAGGUCGCGGAAAAAGUAAACUGUCGUAAGUAAUUUUCAAUAUUACACCUUUUUUUGGGUUUUAGAAGAGCCUGUCACAGAAGACGAAAUUUGCACAGUGCUCAAGACGGACUAUGUUCCGACAGAUGGCCCCAUCUCUAAGGGAUAUCGAUUCGAUCCGAAAUGGUUUGACCUGUACCCUUGGACGGUCUAUUCACCACUUCAGAAUGGUGUCUACUGCCGCGUUUGCGCUAUAUUCAGCAACCCAGCGGUCUAUGUCCGAAAUCAGAACUUGGUAGGACGACCAUUCCUCAAAUUCAAGGACAAAAUGUUUGGUUCCAACAAAAGCACUCGACUACUUCGACUGGAAAGACAUGGGAAUGCUCAGUUUCACUUCGACGCCCUCAGAGCCGCCAAUGAAUUCAUCAACACUCUGAAAAACAAAUCGCCGAUCAUUCAGCUGGAAUAG